CUUCUGUGGUUAUUGUUUUGAAAACAAACCGCACUGGGUCCUUUUGAAAUGUGAAAAAUCGAUAUCCAAUAAUUUAGUAUUUAGACACUAAAUGAAUGUUUUGAUAAUAAGCAAAAAGCCCCAAAAUGAAAAAACAGAACGUACGAACAUUGUCCUUAGUAGUUUGUACAUUCACUUAUUUAUUGAUUGGUGCAGCUGUAUUUGAUGCACUAGAGUCUAAAGAAGAAAGUAAAAGAGAUGAGUUACUAAAAGUAUCCUCGAAUGCUUUGAAAAAAAAGUACAACAUAUCAGAAGAUGACUAUAAAAUGAUAGAGUUAGUGAUAACAGAAUAUAAACCACAUAAGGCGGGUCCUCAAUGGAAAUUUGCAGGUGCUUUCUAUUUUGCAACAGUCGUUUUAGCUAUGAUAGGAUAUGGACAUUCAACACCGGUCACCACUGGUGGAAAAGCCUUUUGUAUGGGUUAUGCCAUGGUUGGUAUUCCCUUGGGCUUGGUCAUGUUCCAGAGCAUAGGAGAACGUCUGAAUAAAUUCGCUUCAGUUGUAAUACGCCAAAUAAAAAAGUAUUUGAAUUGUGUUAAAAUUGAAGCAACCGAAAUGAAUCUUAUGUUUGCCACUGGUAUGCUUUCAUCGAUAAUUAUUACCACUGGUGCUGCAGUUUUUUCGAAAUAUGAGGGUUGGACAUACUUUGAUAGUUUCUACUAUUGUUUCGUAACGCUGACCACAAUAGGAUUUGGGGAUUACGUAGCUCUUCAGAAUGAUAAUGCUUUGAAAGACAAACCAGGAUAUGUUGCCUUGAGCUUGGUAUUCAUACUAUUUGGCUUAGCCGUUGUUGCUGCGAGUAUUAAUUUACUUGUUCUACGUUUCAUGACAAUGAAUGCUGAAGAUAUUCGGCGUGACGAACAAGAUCUACAAGCAUCGUCUCAUCAUGUUCUCACUCUUGAUGGAGAAGUAAUGGCCGUAAAUGGAAAACUCCUAGCUGGUCACGCUUACAUGGAUGAGUCGGAAAUUGACCAGAUAUCAGUCUGCUCUUGUAAUUGUUUGGGUUUGAAUCAUGGAGAUAAUCAAGAACUACUGUUGAGUACCAGCUAUCAUCCUUCUCAUUCUGUUUUACUGACAAACUUCAAUGUGAAAAGAGCAUCUGUAUGACAACCUGACGAUGGAUUAUUUUAUCUAGAGGAUUGUAGAGCGGUAGCUCAUAAAAAUGAGGAAAGGAAGGUUUCAUGGUGAAAUCUCCGGCCAAGACUGAAGUGGAUGUUUGAUAUAGGAUUCAGGACACGGAGUUCUUCAAGGACAUAUACCUACCAGACUUGCCCAUUACCCUCCCCUAAAAACAUUAUUGAAAUUGCAUUUGAAAAAUUUUUACAAAUGAAUGGACCGGAUGGGUCGCGCUGGCAGGUCUGGUAUCUCAGGUCAAAACGUCUUAUUAUCCGUCUGUUCCGAUAUUCCUGAA